CCCAAAGGUGGCUCACGGAGAGGAGGUUUGAACGGCGUGGGUUGAUGGCAAGUUUUGUGAUCCGAUUUCUUACGAGUCACCUCCCGAGAUCUAAAAUCUCCUGCUCAUGUCGCUUAUCGAUCCGAUUUCCUCAUGUGCCAUACAGGAAUUAUUGAAGACUGGCGAACAUGCUGUACUUAGCACUGCUUAGUGGCUGCUUUGGUUGGCAUCGCCUUAUGUGCCACGGUUCUCUUUCGAAUUCUUCGUUCAAGCGGCUUUCCUUUACAUGGCCCUUAUCAGUAUUUUAUUUCUUAUAUAACUUCUACCCCACCUCCAUCUGUCCUACAACAUUCAUCAGUAUGGGUCGGUCAGAUGACAACAUUUCCUUCGGAAAGACAUAUCCUACAAUGCACGUUCCAGCAGCCCAGCUUGGCAGUCCCACACUGGCAGCGAGGUAUCUUCAGCGUCAGAACAUUUCACCUUUGCUGGUAUCUGGCCAGUUGAGAAGGGACACAGCAUCGCGUUCCCGCGAAUAUGUCCCUCCCGGGCUUCCCUCACGUUACUACGCACAAUCACAGUCUAGGUGUGUGGCACGGUAAAAUUGCGAUCGCUCUAUUUGAUGGUGAUCUUGAGCGAUGUUUUUACACGUUCUAGCGCCGCCGGUGGUCCAAGGUAUUCGAGUCUGUCCACAACGUGUCACUCUGAGCUCAUUCUUCCUUUCAUUCUCUUUU